AUGAAGUACUCUCUCAUUGCAUCGUUGAUCCUCCAGAGCACAGUCGUGCUUGCUGAUCUGCUGCCUGUUCACUUCAAAGCACCAACUGCGGCGCACUUCAGGGAGCUCGUCCGCAAUGACACAUACGACUUCGGCUGCAGGGCGGUAGCUCACCCCACCGAGGAUGGACAGUUCAAGCUCCACGCUCUCCUCACCGAGGAGCAGAUCGCCGACUUUGAGAAGGAAUACCGAUCCGUGCCCGAGAUCUCGGUCUUCAGGCAGAUGGUGAAGAGGGCGGCUACCGCUCCCAUUGGAACCGGUGAUCGAUUCAAGUCUGGCACUAUUGCCCCGUCGGGUCUUGGAACCAAAGCCUCAGGAUCGACCAUCGCCAGCAUCAUGAACGUUGCGGAGAUUAGCUCGGCUAUCCAGGCUCUCGUCACUACCUACGGCGUCAACACUGUCACCCUGCCAUACAAGACUUUCAACGGCGCGAGCCAGACCGCUGCGUUUGUUGGCGCUGGCACAGACAAGUCAAAGUACCGUCUCUACCUCAGCGCCGGUAUGCACGCCCGUGAGCGUGGUGGACCGGAUAACCUCAUCUACUGGGUCUCCGACUUGCUUGCUGCCAACAAGGCCGGCACCGGUCUUACAUACGGCGCAAAGUCGUACACCAACGCACAAGUCAAGAGCGUCCUCGCCGCCGGCAUCGUCUUCUUCCCGCUCGUGAACCCCGACGGCGUAACCUACGACCAAUCCUCCAGCUCGCUGUGGCGCAAGAACAGGAACACCAGGUCGGGCUCCAGCGGCUCAUCGAUCGGCGUGGACAUCAACCGCAACUUCGACUUCCUGUGGAACUUCCGCAAGUACUUCGACUCAUCGGAAGCGCCGGCCUCGACGUCGCCCAGCUCCGAGACCUUCUACGGCACUGCAGCUGCCUCCGAGUCCGAGACCAAGAACCACGUCUCCGUGUACGACUCGUUCCCCAAGAUCCGCUGGUUCAUGGACAUCCAUUCCGCGGCCGGCGACAUGCUGUACAGCUGGGGUGACGACGACGACCAGGGCACCAACACGGCCAUGAACUUCCUCAACACGGCGUACGACGGCAAGCGCGGUCCCGUCGGCGAUUCCGUGUACAAGGAGUACAUCCCCGCGGCUGACCAGACGAAUGUCAGGAACGUGGCUGCGAAGACUGUCGCUGCUAUGAAGGCUGUUGGCGGCCGUUCAUACGUGUCCAUGCAGGCUGUGGGAUUGUACCCUACGUCUGGUGCCAGUGAUGACUACGCGUUCAGCAGGUUUUGGGCUAAGAGCGGCGUGAACAAGGUCUAUGGCUUUACUAUGGAGUUUGGAUACUCGACGAACUUCUACCCCACGUCGUCGGAGUUCAACCAGAAUAUCCUGGAUACAAAUGCUGGGUUCAUGGACUGGGCGCUGGCUGCUAUUGCUAUUGGGCUGGAGUAG